AUGUUCGCCCUAUACACCCUACUGCUCACUUGCUCCCUUGCCCGCGCUCACAUGGCUUGGGAUAACAAAGUCUCCAUCAUCCCAUUCCGUUCAGGAACAACCUAUAUAGAAGUAGAUGAACCUGAACGCGCUACCAUUUCGGCCCCCAGCGUCUCCAUGAUCCCCUUCCGUUCAGGAACAACUUUCAUCACUGUCGAUUCUCCAACACGUACCAUCAAUACAAAACCUCCCGUCAUCUCUAUCAUGCCCAUCAAGACUGAAACUUUCGAUCAUUCCCUUGAUUUGUCCGAAUUGGCAACACGCUCCACAUUCGACGUAUCUAUGUUGCCCUAUCACCCACGUAAAUCCAUCUGUAAAUCCCAAGACUCACCAUUCUCUUCUUCGUCCUCCACAUGCCCUCCACGCAAUUCUUUCCCUCCUAGGAGAACAUUCUCGUUCCGGAAAAAUAUACCCAUCUGUGCUGUCACCAAAUCGGUUCCACAUUACAGUGAGAUUUCUCAAGAUGCUCAACCAAGAAAAGCUUCUCUCGAUGUUACCAUCGUCCCCACCUGUUCUGGUACAACUUGCAUUUCUGUAGAUUAUCCAACUCACACACCUCUCCUCUUUUCAGAACGUGAUGAUGAUCCAGAAUCGUAUUGUGAAACGGUCUCUAUAGAUCCUGUUUCAUUAGAAUCCGCCUCUAUCGAAGCCUUUACUACAAAUUUCCAACCCACAUCCUCCCUUGCUGCUUAUUUGACUCAAUUAGAAGCCAGAUCUGAAGAAGAUAUCCCCAUUAGACCAAAAUUGUCUACUCUUCAAUUCUCCAUGGUCUCAAUUAGAACCGGAACUACUUUUAUCACCAUCGAUUAUCCAACAAGAGUGAAAAUGUCCACCCUUGACGUCACUAUCAAGCCAAUGAGAUCACACACCACAUUCAUCACUGUGGAUUCCCCCACCAGAAUUACCAAUUCAGAAUAUAUUCUUUCAGUCUUACCCAUUAGUGAAUCUUCUCAUGUAGUUAUUGUUCCACCUUCUAAAGCUCCACGUUUGGAAGAGGAGGAAGAGUAG